AUGGCUACUAAGAAGCUGACUGCAGGAACUGAUGCAGCAGAGCAGCAGCUAGGGACCGAAGAGGCAUUGCUGAUUCUACCGCAUGGCUAUGACCCGGAUGAGGAGGAUGAGCCUGCGUACUGUUUUCUUGCCCCUGCACCACAGGAACCAGCUAGCAUGGAGGAGGCACUAGCUGGACCAGAUAGGGACAAGUGGCUGGCUUCUAGGGAUGCUGAGUACCAGAGCCUGCUAGAAAAUGGCACAUGGGAUCUGGUGGUGCUGCCUGAUGGGAAGAAAGCGAUACAAUGCAAGUGGGUGCUGAGGAUCAAGACCGAUGACAAGGGGCAGGUCACCAUCUACAAGAGUAGGCUGGUGGCGAAGGGGUUUAUGCAGAAGGAGAAGCAGGACUUCAACGAGAUCUUUGCUCCCACUGCCAAACCCCCUACCCUCCGUGUCUUGUUGGCAGAUGCAGCCGUUAGUGGGAAAUUCAUCAUUCAGAUGGAUAUUUCAACGGCAUUCCUGAAUGGGAUUUUAGAGGAGGAUGUGUACAUGACGCAACCGCCUGGGUAUGAGGAUGGUACAGGCAGGGUGUGCAAGCUCAAAAAGAACAUCUACGGCUUGAAGCAGGCACCACGCUGCUGGUACCAGAAGUUGGCAGCUGUUUUAGAGGAGAUGGGAUUCAGGACCAGCAGCUGUGAUGAGAGCCUCUUUCUUAAGGGCGAGGGGGAGAAGCUGGUGCUGUUUCUGGUCUACGUGGACGACAUUCUUCUCUUCAGCAGCAGCAUGAAGGAGAUCCAGAAAGUGCAGCAGCAACUGAUGGAAAACUUCAAGUGCAAGAACCUUGGGGAGGUAAAGUACUACCUCGGGAUGCACGUGGAGAGGGAUCCUGAUCACAGGUGGUUGAAGCUGCACCAGGAGAAAUUCAUCAAGGAGCUGGGGGAGAAGUAUGGGAUUGAGAAUGAGCGCAAGGUUGCAACUCCCCUGCCAGCAGAAUUCAAGCUUGUGAAGGCUGCAGAGGAUGAAGGGGUUGAAGCCGAGGAGCAGCAGCAAUUUCAAUCCUUGGUGGGCAGCCUCUUGUACACAGCACUUCACACGAGGCCCGACAUCUCUUUCUCGGUUGGGCAGCUGGCUAGGGUGGUGCAGAAUCCAUCAGAGGAGCAGGUGGAUGCAGCUGAGCGUGUGGUGAAGUACCUGAACUCUCACCCAAGCAUUGGAGUUCAAUACUCCGCAUCUGCACAGGUGAAGCAGAAAGGGGUGGAGGUGCUGAAAGAGAAGGGGGAGAGGCUUGGAGAAGGCAAGCUAUUUCUCACUUGCUUUACCGAUGCUACGUGGGCUUCUGAGAAGGAGGAUUCCUCAUCUGUGGGAGGAUACAUCUGCGUAGUUGGGGGAGGACCUGUUAGUUGGAGGUCCAAGAAGCAGACGGAGACGGCACUCUCUUCCGUAGAAUCAGAGUACAUGGCGAUGUUCCAUGGGGUGAAGGAGGUGAUUUGGCUGAGGAGGCUGUUAGAGGAGAUUGGCCAGGAGCAGAAAGUUGCUACGCCACUGUUUUGUGAUAGCAAGGGGGCUCUUGGGAUGGCCAGAAACGCUGUGCUUCAUGGGCUGAACAAGCACAUGCGUAUCAAGUGGCACUGGCUGCGUAAGGAGGUGAAGAGGGGGACGGUGAAUCCGAUCUACAUCAAGACUCACCAGCAGCCAGCAGACUUUCUCACCAAGAGGCUUGCGGAUGAGCCUCAUUGGCGUUGUGUGCGCAUGAGUGGAAUGAGCAUGAACUAG